AUGGCCUCCGAUAACACGCCGCCAAACGAGACGAGCCCCCUCCUCCCGGUAUCGACAAGCGGAAUCUCCAUCCCGGUCCUCUUCCGCUCGGCCUCGGCCUUCUCCCUCUCCAAAGCAGACCAGGCGCUCGGCCAAUCGCCGCCCCUGGGCGAUCGCCUGCCCUAUAACGAUUAUACCACCAUCGACUGGCUCCGGGAUCUCACUAAAGAUUCCUCUCGCGCCCGUCGUCUCUAUGCACGUCCUGGUAUCCGCGGGCAGCUGUCGCGCUGGUUCGAUCAAAGCCAGGGAUGGAUUGCGGCAGCCAUUAUAGGGGCACUGACGGCCCUCGUGGCCUUCGUGGUUGACGUAUCUGUGGCGACCGUGAGUGAUUGGAAGGAAGGGUAUUGCAAGAAAAAUGCGUUUCUCGAUCGCGGGCGGUGUUGUUGGGAUGUCGCUGAAACCGACGUAUGCGAUGCAUGGAAUCCCUGGGUCGAUGAGAGACAAGAGGGCGGGUACUUCGCCAGUUACGCCGUCUACGUCCUCUUCGCACUGCUCUUCGGCCUCGUCGCGGGGAAUGUCACAAUGACAACAAAAGCAUCCCUGCCAGCCGUCGACGCGGAUAGCGUGGUUACUGCGGGCGCCAUGACGGAGGGCAAGACGAUGUACAUGGCUGCCGGCAGCGGUAUCCCUGAGAUCAAGACGAUUCUUUCGGGAUUCGUCAUCCCUCAUUUCCUUGACCUCAAGGUGUUGAUUGUGAAAGCAGUCGGUGCCACUUUCGCGGUCUCGACGGGCAUGUGUCUGGGAAAGGAGGGCCCCUUCGUGCACAUCUCGACCUGCGUUGGCUGGCUGGUGGCCAAUUGGUUUCCCAAGUAUCGGGAUAAUCCGCGCAAGAUGCGGGAGAUGCUAAGCGUGGCAUGCUCUUCUGGCCUGUCCGUCGCAUUCGGUGCGCCUAUUGGCGGUGUGUUGUUCAGCUACGAGGAAAUCAGCACGUACUUCCCACGACGUGUCUUGUGGCGGGCGUUUCUCUGCUCUCUCAUUGCGGCCAUCGCGCUUAAGGCCCUCAACCCCACAGGAACCGGAAAGUUGGUGCUAUUCGAGACGAACUACGGCGUCGACUAUGACCCCAUACACUACCUCGUGUUCGUGUUUCUUGGACUCUGUGGCGGAGUCUUUGGCGGCGUAUUUUGCCAGGCCAACUUCCUCUGGUCGAAACACUUUCGCAAGUAUGACAUCGUCAAGAGACAUCCCGUUUUUGAGUUGUGUGGCGUCGUUCUGGUCACGGCGUUGUUGCAGUACCCCAACGUCCUCAUCCGCGAUACGGGAGACGUGGCGCUCUCGAAGCUGCUGGUCGACUGCAAGAAACCGACGGGAGAGUGGAUCUGCGAGCAAGAGCAGAGCAGCGACAAGACGGCAUAUAUGCUACAGCUGGCAGGCGGUGCGGUGGUCAAGCUCUUGCUCACAAUCAUCACGUUCGGAUGCAAGGUCCCUUCGGGUAUCAUCAUCCCUGCCCUGGAUGGUGGUGCCCUGUUCGGACGGCUUGUAGGCCAAGUCAUUGGUGGUAUAUCACCCGGUAUCUUCGCCAUGGUUGGUGCGGCCGCAUUUCUUGCCGGCGUGAGCAGGAUGACUGUGAGUCUGGCGGUCAUCAUGUUCGAACUGACGGGUGAGGUGACGUACGUGCCUGCCUUCAUGUGUGCGAUCCUGACCGCUAAAUGGGUUGCCGAUGCGAUCUCGACAGAGUCGGUUUACGAUCUCUCCCAACACCUUCUGGGUCACCCAUUCCUCGAUGCGGAGCAAGCCUAUGAAGUGGUCCGUCAUCGGGAGGCCACUGCCCGUGAGCUGAUCCCGCCAGCGGCAACAAUGACCGAGAUCACCCUUCAAUUAGGCAGACAGUAUCGAGUGCGGCGAGAUGUACUUGCAGAGAAGCUACGAAAGCUCAAGGCCAGAGGUUUGAUGGAUGCCGGGCUGGUGUUAGUUAGCGAAUCCGGGUUGCUUUUUGGAUACUUGCCCGAGGUGGAGAUAGAGUACGCCUUGAAGUUCGAAGGCGAAACCGAUGAAAUUGAUGUGCGAAGUGAGCUCUUGACAGAGUUGAUUGACCGGACGCCGAUUACGGUCAGCGCCGAAGCGCCUAUGGAGUACGUCCUUGAGAUAUUCGGGAAGCUUGGGCCGAGGUAUAUCAUCAUUGUCGAGCCGGAAACUGCCAAGGUACAGGGCGUUGUGCUCAAGAAGCGGCUGCUGGACUUCCUAGAUCGGGCGAAGGAAGAUUGA